AUGGAGGGAUCUGCUUCUUCAGUUUUGAUGGACUGUCUGAAUCAUUCAAUAAGUACAACACCCGGCCUGAGGGAAGAACAGUUGUCUCUCAAUGAAGCGGAGGUAAUUUCUCUAGGAAGUAACUCCUCUCCUAGAAGCACCAUGAGCAGCUCCUCCUUAAUAGAAUUAGAUGAUAUUCAAUUACUUCAAAAUACAGAAAAAUCUAAUAACAAUGUUUUGGAAAAUUCAUGGGACCAUAGCCAGCUGAUUCUGCUGGAACACUCUUAUCAAAAUGAAUAUACAUCGGACGAAAAAGAUUGCUCUUUCAACGAUCACUCUACGGUCGAACAACAAACGGAAAUUUCAUACAACGUCUCUGCCCAAUCGGAAAUAGACAAAACUAAGAAAUCAACUCGCUCAUCAAAUCUUGUCAAAGGAACAACCACAACAACUCGUUCCAGAAUAACAACCCCACAAACAACCUCUCACACUUCCAGAGAUGAAGAGCUUGAAUUUGAGCUCUCUGAAGCUGAAAAUGAACUACUUUAUAAGCCACCAGAUCAAUCACACAUUACACUCAAAGACAAGAAUGAAAUUUUGAAAUCUGUAGAACGUCUGAAAGUAAGACAACGAUAUUUAGAAGACAAGGUUAAAAAAGAAAACAAGGCUCCUGUCAAGCCCAGAAUUACCUUUCAAACCAAGAAAGAUGAACCAAAACCCAUCAACUCAAGAGUUUUUUUCGACAUCAUCCAACCGCUCAAUUAUAAACAAGUUCAGCAUUCCAUAGAGGAAGAAAAGAGAAGAAGAAGAAUUGAGGAAAAAAGAAAAGAGCUGGCAGAACAAAAGAUACAGAACGCCAGUAAGAUUAGAGAGGAACAAAAGGCACGAGAAUCUGCAGUAAAAGCAAGAUUUUCUUAUGAAAUGACCAAGCGACCGUCUACUCCCUCAACGACCAAACGUCCCUCCACACCUUCCACAAACAAAAGGCCCUCGUCGAGUCAACAUGAACGUCCCAAGAGCUCUCAGGGCCUAACAGGACUUUUUCAUUCUUUUGUUAGCGAUAGUAGCUACAACUCCGAAAAGGAUUCCAAAGAGUUCAGUUUGCUUGUGAAAGAACAAGAAAAACUACUGAGCUCCAUUCAAGAAUUGAAAGCCAAGUUACAAGCAACAACUACUAAGACAAAGAAGCUUGUAAAUUAA